AUGUCUGCGAAGCGAAAAGUGUUGUUGAUGGGAAAAAGUGGGUCCGGAAAAACGUCGAUGAGAUCGAUCAUUUUCGCGAAUUAUAUCGCAAGAGAUUGUUCGAGACUUGGGCCAACAAUUGAAGUUGAACACGCCCAUGUUAGAUUCCUUGGUAAUUUGGUACUUCAUUUGUGGGAUUGUGGUGGUCAGGAAUCGUUUAUGGAAAAUUUCUUGGUCUCCCAAAAAGAUCAGAUUUUUAAAAAUGUUCAGGUUCUUAUAUAUGUGUUCGAUGUUGAUAGUAGAGAAUUCGAGAAGGAUUUGAGAUAUUAUCAAUCGUGCCUUGAAGCGCUUCUUCAGAAUUCCCCAAAAGCUCAAGUAUUUUGUUUGAUUCAUAAAAUGGAUUUGAUCGAAGAAGAGAAAAGAGAUGAAAUUUUCAAAAAACGCGAAGCUGAUGUGCUUCGCUAUAGCGAAUUGGCAGCGAAGCCGCAUCAAUUAGAGCGCGGUAAUGCUGUUUGUCAAUGCUUCAAGAGCAGCAUCUGGGAUGAAACCCUUUAUAAGGCAUGGUCUGCAAUCGUGUACAAAUUGGUUCCGAAUGUACAUCAAAUGGAGGAAAAAUUGAAAAGAUUUGGGCAGAUUUUAGAUGCCGAUGAAGUGAUUCUUUUUGAACGUGCCACAUUUUUGGUUAUUGCACACGCUGCGAUAAAAGAGCAUAAGGAUGUUCAUCGCUUCGAAAAAGUCUCGAACAUAAUAAAACAGUUCAAACUUUCAUGCAGCCGAAUGGGUUCAAGACUCGAAUCAAUUCAUGUCAAAAAUAACAAUUUUUCUGCAUUUAUCGACUCGUUCACUAACAACACUUUCGUUAUGGUUGUGAUACCAGAUGGAAGCGCAUCAGCCGCUACGACUCUUCUUAAUAUCCGGUCCGCUAAACGGCAUUUUGAGCUCCUUGAGCAAUCCUAA